AUGUCCAAGCAACAAGCCCACUCUCCUCCGCGGACGCCGCCAUCGGCGGCAUCCAACAAUCAUAAACCAGCCACAAGACGGCGUCAUCCUCGCCCUUCGGUACGCGAGACCUUUUUGGAUGAUUUCAAUCCGGCAGACAAUACCAACAGCAGCUAUGAGUCCGCAGACGAGCGGGAUCCGCACGACCUGUCCUUGUCGCCGAAACAUGCAGCCCGGACCUCCAUAGUCGACAAUAUGCUCCUCUCUCUGGAUCAGCUAGCAUCAGGCUCCUCCGUCCUGGAUGAUUACCGGUUAUUCAAUUCCGUUUUCGAGUCUGACACCUAUGGCCACAAUUCGCAAGAUUCCAUAACCCAACGUCGCUAUCGAGGCCACACCUUUUCCUCUUCCCUGUCAUCCGACCCCGAAUACCCUUACGAUGAAUCUGCGGCUCGCGGAGCUCAGGCUGGAAGAGGCCGUCGGAGCACCAGCAGUUCAAACUACCACUCCAGCCUGAAGAGAUUCGGAAGCACCCGUAGCAGAGACGGCACCGGGUCGCGCGGUCAACUAUACGAGCAUCGAAUUAAUUCCAGUGGCGCUGCCACUGGCGCGCGCACGGGGCGACAAAGCAGCAAAGGCAGCUCUCCUCCCUCGGAUUUUGGGCCUGCUCUUUUGACCGAGCGGCGGUCCGCAAGUUUUGACUUUGGCUCCAGAACCCCGUUCAUUCCUUUUGCAGAUCUUCCCGCUGAAUACGACUCUUCAGCCUACGAUGGAGUUGAUGCCGCUCCGACCCCCAGCGUUCCUGCUGGCCCUCGCAAGUACCAGACCUCCGCGCAGGGCGAUCAUCCGGGGACCUUGAACCCCCAGUCCUCGCGCACCCCCGUGGCAUCGCGGCGAAACAGCGUGAAGUCGUCACGAACAGAUCAACCCCGGAAGCACCGACCGGAACACCUCGGCACCGCGACUCUCAAGGGUCGCGAUAAUCAUCUAGCCAAUCUGGGUGAUUCAGGCCUGGAUCCUCCGCCUGCUAUACCGGCGGCAUCUCUGGACCCGCCGGCCCCGAGUCCUACGAUAUCCUUCAAUAAACCUUCUUUCCCUCCUCCACCCGAUCCCACUCCCACGAAGGAGCGCCCGGGAUUUUUCCGCCGUGUAUUUGGGUCUUCGAAGGCUUCUUCUCCUGGGCCGUUCGACGCUGGCCAGCCGGAUGCCCAGUUUCCUCCAGAGAAUGACUUCAAGGAGAGCUAUGGCAGUUCUCGGAUGCGGAGACAACCCGUGAAGAACACCGCGGGAGGCGCCAAUGCGGGCCGAGAAGGGCCCCCUCAAGUUGUAAACAAGAAGUCUUCGUUCUUCCGCCGGCGGAAGAAGUCCAUUGUCGAAAAUGUCCCACCGCCUGCUGUCCCGACUCCGGACUUUGGGCCCAGACCAACGGAAACGAGUAAGCUGGCACCCAGCCCCGUAAGCAGCCUAAGAAAAGUGAUGAACCCUUAUAUAACAGAUCAUACCGGAGCUCCAACGAUAGAAAAUGUUGUCGACUUCCCCAACCAGGCCCAGGCCCUUGGUGCAGAAUCGAUUGAGAACAAAGGGACUCGCCAUAUGCUGACUCAAAAGCCCAACGCGCCAGCCGUCGGAGGGGGUUCAAAAUCCAAGUACAGCCUGUAUCCUACGAUUUCGCCUGCUUCCCCGCCUGAUCUCUCGCCGUUAGGGAGCCCUGGCGGGGACGAGGACGUCGGCGUCAAAUCCCGUGGUUCGGACGCUGUGUCAUCACCGGAUAACAGACAAGAGCAGCCAGCGAUCCGAGAAGGCGCAGAGUCACGCAACAGCGUCCCCGAACGAACCGAGUCCGAUCGAGUUCGCGAUGCCCUGCAGAAUAUGCUGAUUCCUCCAGAGGGCAUGGCUCCGUCUUCACUCUCCCCUGUAAUUGAAAAUUUCUCUCAGAAAAGCGCUUCGCCAGUUGAGGGCCCUGGUGAAUCACGUCCAUUGGGUCCGAGCGAACCAGCCGAAGGCAAGGACAUCUCGGACUCGGCUCCUCAUGAAGAUAAAAAGGAACACUUUAGCAGAUUACCGAAGCCGACAUUGGAUACCAGCGGAUCGCCCGCAGCCUCAAUCUCAGAGGUCUCGAAUUACCACACGGCUUCUAAUACCCCCGUAGUUCCGUCGGCAGAUCAGAAAUUCGCGGAUACGGCCGAAAGCAAGGACGAAAGUACUGAAAUUGCUGUUGACGAAUCACCCCUAUCAGACAAAGAACAGGCGCAAAGACUUUACGAGAAUCAGGAUCAGGUUGUAGGGCGCGAGGCCCCCGCUGCAUGGCUCGGCGACCCCGACCGGUCUGCGAUUCGAACAGCAUACAUGGAACUGUUUGACUGGUCCAAUUUGAAUAUUCUAGCCGCCCUUCGAGGCCUCUGCACUCGGUUGGUGCUGAAAGGUGAGACGCAGCAGGUUGACCGGGUUCUGGACGCCUUCUCCGCCCGGUGGUGCCAAUGUAAUCCCAAUCAUGGCUUCAAAGCUGCCGACGUUGUGCACACCAUUUGCUACUCCCUUCUUCUAUUAAACACCGAUCUGCAUCUUGCCGACAUAGAGCAGAAGAUGACGAAAAACCAAUUCGUUCGAAAUACAAUGCCAACGAUUCAUCGUGUGGCCGUCGAUGCCGCUCCCGAGAGCUUCGAGGCCUUGCGGCCAAACAACAAAUCAAAAAACUCGACCCAAGAGCCUUCCCAUGCUGCCAACGCUGAGAGCGAAAAGUCCACAAACCCGCCUGCGAAACUUGUGAAUCGACUGUCUCGAACCGAUCUCUCCGUGAAGCUAGCGGGUGACCCUGACAGCGACACUGGCCCAUUAGUCAACGUGCCGUUUCACGGGACAAUGCGAGCCUGGGAGCAGCAGCUUGAGACCGUCCUUCGGGACUUUUACUCCUCAAUCCAGAAACAAAGGCUCCCUCUACAUGGAGCCCAGCCCGAGAAGGAAGGGCCGCGCGCCUCGUCAAAUAACCUGCUUGGUCCCAAUCCUGGUGGCCUUCGCAGAAGUCCCAGCACUGUAAGCAAGAGUGGCUCCGACAUUUAUCCCCGCGGCCGCUCGGCAGAUUCUCGGUAUGGUACGGCACGCUGGUCCUCCAAGCCUCGUUCGCGGGCAAGGCUGUAUCCCCCUUCGGCCAUGGGCUCGAGCCGGACCAGCCUGGACGACCAGUCGUCUCUCUGGAGCCCAUCGGGUUCCAGCACCUGGAGCAAGUAUUCUUUGGGCAAACUGACCUCUGCGUCUGUCGACUCGUUUGGGUCGGACUAUAUGCGCGGGGAUUAUCAGCAGUCGAUUGGCUUUGCCAACGCGUUAAGUCAAGCCAUCAUUCGGGAGGAUUACGCUCAUUCGAUUGCGAGCACGGAGGAUCCCGAACGAAGUAUGCCGCUCCUAGAAGAUGAGACCUUGCAACUGGCCGGCGCACCGUGGGCCAAAGAAGGAAGUUUGAAGCAUAAGCACCAUCUCGAUUCCGUGGACAAGAGAUCCAAGGAUCGCAACUGGAAUGAGUGUUUCGCUGUAAUCCAGCAAGGAUGGAUGCGUCUCUUCUCUUUCAAUUCGUCCGCAAAAGCCGGGCGGCAAAAGGCAAAACAGCGUCAGCCCGGGGGCGUGGUAGUUGGAGGAGGAAACUGGACGGAAAACGCAGAAGAGAUAUGGAAGUUUGUCCUGCGCCAGACCAUUGCCAGCGCGCUGCCACCUCCGGGAUACUCCAAGUCUCGUCCGCAUGUCUGGGCGUUAAGCCUGCCCACCGGUGCGGUGCACCUCUUCCAAGCCGGGACUCCGGAGAUCGUGCGCGAGUUCGUGUCCAGUGCCAACUACUGGAGUGCAAGACUUUCCAAGGAACCAUUGAUUGGAGGGAUCAGUAAUAUCGAAUAUGGAUGGAGUGACGCCGUCAUCAACAGCGCUUUGAUAUCGCCGGAGAGCAGCCGGACGCCGCCGUCCUCAUCUGGAGCGCGACCGAGCAUUCAAAGCUCGAUACGCAGCUCCCUUGAUCAGCAGGGAGGGGUUCGACCUAAACUGCCGGCAGAUCGCGUGCAUAUCAGCGACUGGGGUCCGCCGCAGCAGAGUAUGAUGGCUUCCGUUCUCCCAGAAGACGAGCAGUUGGCUGCUUUGCGGGCGUACGUCAAGAACGUGGAGGAUGAGCUGCAGCGACACAACGAACUCCGGCCCGCAAUGGUUUUGGCCUUUUCACCUCGACAUCCCAAUGCGUCCAAGGCGAUGGCCAAUUGGGAGCGCAAAUCCUCAUAUCUGCUACGGGAGAUCGUGAAGUUUCGCACCUACAUCGACUCUCUCCAAGCCGGCAUUGACCAGAAAAACAAAAUCCACGCAACCCGGGAGGGUGAAGAUGAUCCUCCCACGCAAGAAUCAUAA